UGCGAUUGGCUGGAGGGCCGCAACCGACUAUAUCGCCGAGGCGCGGAUAUUACGAGCUCGUGGGGCGCCGCGACGCCUCAGUUGGCGCUUUAACGUUUCUCGCCUCGCUCACGCACUGCGCGCGGCACCCGUUGUUUUUCCUCUCAUUUUGUUAUCGUACCGCCCGUAAAGCGCGAGCGCACUCGCACUAUCGUCGCCAGGCAAGUGCACCCCUGAGUAUCGCCGACGGGGAACUGAUCGAGCGAUCAAUCGAUCGAUUUUGCCUUUUAUUUUGCCUAAGAAUUUAAUCGUAAGAAAGCCAAAGCCGCCAAGAUGGUAUGUUCUAUUGAUGAUAUUGCCGACGAACUACCGCCAGAACAGAUUGCUGUGCUGCGCAAAGCUUUCGACAGCUUCGAUAGUGGAAAGAGCGGCAGCAUCCCCACGGAUAUGGUGGCCGACAUCCUUCGAUUGAUGGGUCAGCCGUUCAAUAAGAAAAUUCUUGACGAGCUCAUCGAGGAAGUCGACGCCGACAAAUCUGGCCGUCUUGAGUUCGAGGAAUUUGUGACGCUUGCGGCAAAAUUCAUCGUUGAAGAGGAUGCCGAGGCUCUUGAAAAGGAACUUCGCGAGGCAUUCCGACUUUAUGAUAAAGAAGGCAAUGGCUACAUCCCGACCACGUGCUUGCGCGAAAUCCUCAGAGAGCUCGACGAUCAGCUCACAGAACAGGAGCUCGACAUCAUGAUCGAGGAGAUCGACUCGGACGGAUCUGGCACCGUCGACUUUGACGAAUUCAUGGAGAUGAUGACUGGAGAAUAAAUCCUGCACGCCCGGCUUAUGUUUUUAACAAAAUGACACGGAAAUAAACAAAAAAGAAAAAAA